AUGGUGAUGAGCAUUUCCUGUGCCCCCCACAUACAUUGCCCAGCCCCAUUCAAACAGACAAGAGCAGAAACUCUUAUCCUCCUUUUGGUACUUGGUAGAGAGAUGGAGCAUCCUGUUGUUAGCGCUGGUGGGGGUGCCAUUAACAUACUAGUAUGUAAGCUGGGUACGGUGCUCAUCCAAGAAGCACAGCUCCUUGGAGGCAUCCGAGGCGAGCUGCAGUACAUGAAGGAUGAGCUUGAGAGCAUGACAUCAUUCCUGCAGGACCUUGCUGAGGGGGGAAACCGCAGGAAGCAGGUUAAGAUUUGGAUGAAACAGGUGCGAGAGGUCGCGUAUGAUGUUGAGGAUUGCGUUGAUGAGUUUACAUAUCACCUUGGCAGCACCACGAGUGGUUCUGGCCUUGCCGGACUCUUCCACAGAUGCAUCCGUUUCCUGCAAACUGUCAGGGUGCGGCGUCAGAUUGCGAAACAAAUCCAAGAACUGAAAGCGCGCGCUACAAGUAUCAGCGACCGAAACUCAAGGUAUGGUGGUAAUCAUCUCAUUUCUGGAGCAGAAGGAAACACACUUGCUGCACAACCAGCACCAUCUUAUAUUACUUCUCUGGAUAUUCGUACCCCCGCACUCUUCCCAGAGAUAACGGAACUUGUGGGCAUUGAAGCGCAUCAAAGUAAUCUUGUGAAUUGGUUGGUGGAUGAAAACGUACAACAAUUACUGGUGCUACCUAUAUUCGGCUUUGGUGGUUUGGGGAAGACAACUCUUGCUAUGACGACAUAUCAGACAGCUAGUGCAAGUUUCCAGUGCCGAGCUUUUGUAACUGUAUCCCAGAAAUUUGAUGUGAAGAGUCUCAUAAGGGACAUUCUUCGUCAGAUUAUUCGACCAUUAAAUCAAAAUGGUCCAGCACCAGCAGUAGACCCACUCAAAGGCAUGGAAGAAUGGAACGUGGGACAGCUUGCAGAUAUGCUAAGGCAGCAUCUAGAAGAUAAGAGGUAUCUUAUUGUUCUCGAUGAUAUUUGGAGCAUGUCAGCUUGGGAAGGUAUUCGAUUUUGCUUGCCUAACUCACAUACUGGAAGCAGAGUAAUUGUUACCACAAGAAUGAAAACUGUAGCAAAAGCCUGCUGCCUCCAUGAGUAUGACAGAAAUUACGAAAUUGAACCACUCAGUGGUAGUGAAUCUAGCGAGUUAUUUUUCAAGAGAAUAUUUGGUAACAGGGAAAAUUGCCCAGCUGCCUUAAAAAACAUUUCAGAGAGGAUCCUGGGAAAGUGUGGUGGUAUACCCUUGGCCAUAGUCAGCAUUGCAGGUCUUUUGGCUAGCACACCCUUGUACAGUUAUGAUCGCUGGGAGAAGAUCUACAACUCUCUUGGCUUGGAGCUGGAAACCAGUCCCUGGCUUGAAAAACUGAAGAAAAUUCUUGAGCUUAGUUAUAAUGACCUUCCAUACCAUUUGAAAACUUGUUUCUUAUAUUUAAGCACCUACCCUGAGGAUUAUAAGAUCAGAAGGAAAAGUUUAUUGAGACGAUGGAUAGCAGAACGCUCUGUGACAGUGAAGCGUGGAUUAAGUGCCUUGGAGGUGUCUGAAAAAUAUUUCAAUGAAUUACUCAACAGGAGUAUGGUUCUUCCAAUUGAAAUGAGCUUUGAUGGGAAGGUCAAGACCUUUCGAGUUCAUGAUAUAAUGCUAGAGAUCAUUGUUUCAAAAUCAAUUGAAGAGAAUUUCGUCACUUUGGUAGGUCAACAGUCUACUUUAGCUCCUCAAGAGAAGAUUCGGCGGCUAUCCAUUCAUGGAGGAAGUUACCAAAACAUUGCCACAAGCAAAUUGUUAAGCCAUGUCCGAUCAUUGAGUAUAUUUUUUUCGAGAAAACGCAGGGGACCCAUGCGUUUCAUUCCAUUGAAAAGAGAGAGUUUGUAAUUACAAUCCUCCUAGGAGGCGGUUUCAGACAGAAAGUAGAUGCUAGUGCACAUCCCAUGAGGUGGGCAGCACGACUCUAAGGCCAGCAGCGCCAGCAGUGGCCCAGAGCCUGGCUUCGGCCUUGAUCCUACUCACUAAGGCGUGAACGGACGGUUGCACGCGGUCGAAGAUGCAGUCGUUUCGGUGUUUCCAAAGCAUCCAGGAUGUCAGAAGCGUCGCGGAUGCCAGCCCCUUGCGCAUCAGCUGGGGGGUGUCUUGCCUGGCGUUGAGCCACCAAUCGAGCAGGGAGCUGUCAUUGGCCGGCGCUCGGCAGGUCAUGCGCAUCCAGGAAAGGAUCUCGUGCCAGACCUGCCGCGAGAAGGGGCGAGCUAGCAGGAGGUGCUGCAUCGUCUCCGGGGCCUGGUCGCACAAGGGGCACGCCGUGUGGUGCUGAAGCCCAUGUCGAUCGAGGCGGUCAGCCGUCCAGCAGCGGUCAAGGCUGACAAGCCAGAGAAAGAAUUUCACUUUUGGCGGCGCCCAACUCUUCCAAGUGAGCUUCCAGUGGUUGCAGGCGAUUGAUCCGUGGAAGGAUGCGAGGUAGGUGGAUUUAGCAGUGUAGGUGCUGGCUUCAGUCCACUUCCAAAUCAGCUUGUCAGGCUCGGCGGAGAGGGCAAUACCCUCGAGGAGUCGCCAAAGCAACAAGUACUGGCCGAUCUCGUGAACUCCCAGGACGCCGUGGAUCUCGCGCGCCCAGAGAUGGGCCUGCAGGCCCUCAGCGACCGUCCUAUUCUUCCUUCGCCGUUUUGGGAUGCAGGCGUGCAGCAAGGGUGCAAUCUCGCGAACGGAGCGUCCAUUGAUCCACCGGUCCUCCCAAAAUUUGGUGUUGUGGCCGUUCCCAAUGGAUGUGUGGGUGCUGGCGAAGAAGAAGGCCUGCUCCUCAGCAGAGAACUGGAGGUCGAGACCAGCCCAAGCACGGCGCUCGUCGGUUUUGCUGAACCAGAGCCAACGGGUCCUGAGCGCCAUGCCGGUGCGCUCCAGAUCGUGCACGCCCAGUCCGCCGAGGGUCCUGGGGCGCGCGACGCGACGCCAGUUAACGUGGCAGUGGCCUCCCUUGGCCUCGGCGCGCCCGGCCCAAAGGAACCCACGCUGGAUACGCUCAAGCAUGCGGAGGAUCCUCUUUGGGGGCGCCAACACAAGCAGCUGGUGCAGCGGGAUCGCGCUGAGCACCGAUUUCACCAGCGCGAGCCGGCCUGCUCGGUUCAUGAGCCAAGCCUUCCAGGUGGGCAGUCUGCCCGCCACUCUGUCGACGAGGGGUAGCAGCUGCGCGGUGGUGGGGCGUCGAAUGGUGAGCGGGAUGCCGAGGUAGGUGAUGGGGAGCUUGACGAUUGGGCAGCCCAGGCUCUCGACGACGGGCAGUACAGUGUCAUCUUCGCAGCGGAUGAGCGUGGCGGUGCUCUUGGGGAAGUUGACGCGGAGUCCGGAUACCCGGCCAAAAAGCUGCAGGAUUGCCUUCACGGCCUCGAUGUCGUCCGGCUGCGGGUGACAGAAGAGGACCACAUCAUCCGCAUAAAGCGAGAUGGGGGGGAUCGGUCUGGAGGGGUGCAGCCGGCGUAUGAUCCCGAGCUCGGUGACAUGCUUGAACAGGCGACCAAGGGUGUCUACAGCCAAGACGAACAGUUGCGGCGACAUGGGGUCCCCUUGGCGCAGGCCUUGGCGGUGCCAAAUUGGGGGGCCGGGGCUUCCAUUGAGCAGCACCUUGGUGCUAGCAGAAGACAAGAGGAUCGCCAGCCACUCAAGGAAUCUAUCCCCGAAGCCGUAUUGCUUCAGCACCUCGAAGAGGAAAGGCCAGGAUAUCGAGUCGAAUGCCCUCGCGAGAUCAAGCUUCAGCAUUACGCGCGGUGCUCCCAGCUGGUGCAGAAGGCGAGCAGAUUGGCGCACCAGGACGAAGUUGUCGUGGAGGCUGCGUCCAGGGAUGAAGGUGUUCUGGUUGUUGCUGACGAGGGCGUCGAGUCUCGGCGCGAGGCGGAGCGACAGCACCUUGGCGAAGACUUUUGGAACCAGGUGGAUGAGGCUGAUCGGCCGAUAGUCCCGUAGGCAGCUCGCAUCGGCACGCUUGGGGAGCAGGGAGAGCAGGGCCUGGUUCAGACGUGCGAACCCGCGCCCCCGCAUGUCGUAGAGCUGCUGGAAGACGACGGCGAAGUCGGCCUUGACCGUGGGCCAGCAGGCGCGUAGGAAUUCGGCAGUGAAGCCGUCGGGCCCUGGUGCCUUGCGUGCCGGCAGCCGCUUCACGGCGUUCCAAAUCUCCUCGUCGUCGAAGGGCGCAUCCAGCUCGAGGAGGUACGGAGAUGGGGUGAUCAGCUGCGAGAGGUCCAGAAUGCAGUCACGGCCGGCCUCGGUGCCCAACAGCUCGUCAAAGUGCACGAAGGCGGCGGAGGCCAUGUCGGCAUGGUCGGUGAGCGUGUGGUCGCCAACGUUGAGGCUAUGCACCCAAUUCUUCUGGCGGCGAUAGGAGCAUUGAGUAUAUUUGCUGAUGGAGAAAUGUUACAGUUUGCUUGGAUAAAACUUCUUAGAAUAUUAGACUUAGAAGGUUCUGGGUUUGCCAGGAAUGGAGAUAUUAGAAAUAUAUGUAAACUGUUUCAGUUGGAAUAUCUCAGUCUCCGGAAUACAUAUGUCACUGAGCUUCCUGUGCAAAUAGGAAACCUCAAAAUGUUGGAGACACUUGAUGUCAGGGACACAGCCAUAAAGCAUUUGCCUCCACACAUUACCAAUC